GGGGCUGGGGGCGGUUCGUCAGGCGGAACGGACCACUAGGUCCCCGGCAGUGGUAGGGGGAGGGGAGGACGGAAGAGUUUGGCGCAAGGCCUGCCGGGGCAUGGAGUCCCGGUGAGCUUUGUGCGCAUGUGCGAGGAGGUGAGGGGCUUGGGGGGGCCUCGCCUGGGAGAGUAAGGGAGGAAGGGAGGGGGAGAGAGAAGUAGGAACAUCAGGAUGAGAGAGGAUCGUUGAUCGGCUGCCUCCUGCACGCCCCGCACUGGGGGAUGGAGCCCUGACCGGGAAUCGCACCAUGACCUCCUGGUUCAGAGGGACUAGAAGAGAGAGGGAAACAGAGCGACACAUCGAUGUGAGAGGAACACACCCAUUGGCUGCCUCCUGCACGAGCCUGGCCGGGGAAGAGCCUGCAACCAAGGUGCUGUUGUCCGCCCCGCCCCGUCCAGGGCUCACGGCCCCAUGGAGACCCCGUCCCCCCAGCCCGUGAAGCAGGAGGGCCAGGCCACCGAGGUCCUGGUCCUGGACUCGCCGUGGCACCGCUUCCGCCACUUCCACCUGGGCGACGCGCCGGGCCCCCGGGAGGCGCUGGGCCUGCUGCGCGCGCUGUGCCGGGACUGGCUGCAGCCCGAGGUGCGCACCAAGGAGCAGAUGCUGGAGCUGCUGGUGCUGGAGCAGUUCCUGAGCGCCUUCCCCGCCGACAUCCAGGCCUGGGUGUGCAGCCGGCGGCCCCAGAGCGGCGAGGAGGCGCUGGCCCUGCUGGAGGAGCUCUGGGGACCGGCGAUGCGGGCCCCUCGGGACGGGGCGGACGGCUCCGGGGUCGGCCUCCAGAAGGAAGACGGUGGGAUGAUGGCUCUAGGAGACGCGGUCCCAGGGGCUGAGGAGCCGGCCGCCGGGGACGCCCAGGCCCCGCGCCCCUACAAGCAGGAGCCGGGCAGCCCCCCGCUGGCCCCGCCGGCCCUGCCCGCGCCCGACCUGCCCGCCCUCCUGGCCGCCGCCGCGGGCACCGUGUCCUGCCCCGAGUGCGGCAAGACGUCCCUGAAGCCGGCGCACCUGCUGCGCCACCGGCAGAGCCACUCGGCCGAGAAGCCGCACGCCUGCCCCGAGUGCGGCAAGGCCUUCCGGCGCAAGGAGCACCUGCGGCGCCACCGCGGCACGCACCCCGGCGGCCCCGCGUGUCCCGGGCCCGCGCUGCGCCCGCUGCCGGCCCGCGAGAGGCCGCACGCCUGCUGCGAGUGCGGCAAGACCUUCUACUGGCGGGAGCACCUGGUGCGCCACCGCAAGACGCACUCGGGCGCGCGCCCCUUCGCCUGCUGGCAGUGCGGCAAGGGCUUCGGCCGCCGCGAGCACCUGCUGCGCCACCAGCGCAUCCACGGCCGGGCGGCGGCGGCGGCGGCGGCGGCAGCAGCAGCGGCGGCGGCAGCAGGAGCCACCGGGGCGCCGGGCCCCGAGGGCGGGGGGCCCUUCCCGCCGUGGCCGCUGGGGUAGCCGCCAGGAGCCGCUCGUCCCCCGCCUCGCUCCUCCCCGGACUGAACCGCCCGGUGCCCCAACGUUCUCGGGUCCUGCCCAGCUGUUUCCGCCCCCCCCCCCCCCCAAACCCCGCUUUCCCCGGAGGCUGGGGCGGAGGAUGCGAGGGGCGGGGCUGCCCGCGGUUGGGCCGGGAGAGCGGCCGUUCCGAGCGGACUUUAUUUUUUCCCUGAGUUCAAAGUAGCGUGUGUUUUUCCUCCGAGUUUUGUCCCAGUUUGCAAAGGGCAGUGAAGUCGAGGCAAUCAGAUCUCCCCUCCGCCCACCCUUCCUGACCCCCGGCGCGCCCCACCCCGUGAAAGGGGCCUCCUCAUUGUCCCCUGCCCCCUCCCUUCCUCGCGCACCCACCCUUUGGGGGGGGCGGGCAGCGAGGCGGCCCCUUGGGUCUUGACCCCCUCCCCCUCGCCGGGACAGAUUGGGGGGCAGGGAGGGGCCUGGCAGCGGGCUCCUUGGUCUGCCACCCAGGAGGGGGGGGGGGCGGAGAUGCGCGCUCUGAGAAGCGCGUGGAAGCAACUCACCAGCAUCUGCCCCGCAAUAAAGUCACUGAUGACGUGC